AUGAAACCUGGAGGUGGUGGUGGUAGUAGUAGUAGUGUCAGUGCCGGAGUUAAGGCAGCCAUUUUGGAAGCCGCUCCGUCCUUCUUCAAUGAUGACGCCUUAGAUGAACUUCUUCCUCGUCUUCCCUUUCUCAAUCCUCUCGACAUCUACGAUCGUCAAGCCCGAAAUGGCACAGCACAGGGCAGAACAGAUCAGCAAAGGGGACAAGAACAGUGCACGGCAAACUACAUUGAAGUGAUUGAACUUGCCGAAGCCAAAAAUUUUGUGACUAGUCUACCAGAUGGUUUUGAACUACUCCAGGACGAAUGCCUUAUCAGCAGGAAGUGGUGUCUGCGUCGUUUUUCUGGUGAUCAUUUACUAAAUGUUGCCUGCUUUUUGGAACUAGAACUUCGUUCCUUCCAGGGGCAGUGCCGCCGCCAAGCCUGCGCUUCAGGUUUAGGCACAGAUGUUCAGUUUAUUUCCUCCUUCCCUAACCCACACCCCAACCCCUUGGUCCUCAUAUCGACUGAUCUUAUUAUGGAUCCUCGUGACGGCUAUAUCGAUGCAUACGAUGCAUUUGUGGCGGUAAUGGGCGAUUGCGAGGUAGCCACAGGAAGUGAGGAGAGUCUUCUAGAAUCUCCCUCGGGACGAGACACACCUUUUUCCGCCUUGCAGCCAGUCAUCUGCAAAGCUCACAGCCAGUAG